AUGACGGAAUAUGGCAUGACAACAACAGCAGCAGCAACAACAACAACAACAACAACAAUAGCAACAACAACAACAAUAGCAACGACAAUAACAACAACAAUAACAACACCAACAGCAGCACAAUCAUUACCUCAUCAUUUUAAUAUUCGCGUUCAUGUGGAUGCAAAUAAAACACCGCUAAAAGUUGUCCUAAAUGAAACAAAACGUGAGAAAACAAAAAAUUGUUCUCCAACUAAUCAAAAACAUCAUUCUGAUAGCUCUAAAAAAGUAACAAAAAUUUGCAUUGCACCAUUUCCAAAUGCUACAGCAACAAAUAUAACUGAUGAUGCAGCUUCACUCACUUCAUUAACACAAGCUGAAAUUUCACCAAUAAUUUCAUCAAUUUUACCUCAACAAUGUCGUUCAGCAUCAAUUUCAAUGCUACGUGACAAAUGGGCCAACAAAAUGGAAUUUUUACUUGCAGUAAUUGGUUAUGCAGUUGAUCUCGGUAAUAUAUGGCGAUUCCCAUCCACAUGCUACAGAUAUGGCGGAGGUGCAUUUUUGAUACCAUAUUUGAUUAUGCUUUUUAUUGGUGGUUUGCCAGUAUUUUACAUGGAAUUGGUCCUUGGACAAUUUCAUCGUUCUGGCUGUAUAAGUAUUUGGAAAAAAAUUUGCCCAAUUUUCAAAGGUUGA